UGAAGAGUGAUCAGUCUAAGGGUGGUUUCAUUGACUUCAAAGAUGGACGUCCUUCUUCUGACCCAGUUGUUAAGAAAAAGAAAGAAAAGUCUGCUGUACCCAGUUGUGUGUCCAUGAAGAGUGAUCAGUCUAAGGUUGGACGUCCUUCUUUUGACCCAGUUGUUGAGAAAAAGAAAGAAAAGUCUGCUGUACCCAGCUGUGUGUCCAUGAAGAGUGAUCAGUCUAAGGGUGGUUUCAUUGACUUCAAAGAUGGAUGUCCUUCUUCUGACCCAGUAGUGGACCAGGGGAGCUCAGAGGUUCCCAGUGAUCAGUCUGCCCAGCGGCACCAAACACAGCUGGACUCCAUAUUUAAGCUGCUGGAGGAGGCCAUCGGCACUUUUGUGAAGAACGAGCUGAAGAAGAUCCAAAAGGUUCUGAGUCCAGAUUACCCAGAAUGCUUAGAGAGUCAGAGGGAGGAUGAGGAGAUGUUGAACGGUGCAGAUGAAGAGCAGAGGAGAAGCAGCAGAGAGGCAUUUCUGAAGAUCACACUGCACUUCCUGAGGACAAUGAAGCAGGAGGAUCUGGCCGAUCGUCUACAGACCAGAACUGGUGCUGCAGUGUGCCGACAUAAAGUUAAAUCUAACGUGCAGAAGAAGUUCCAGUGUGUGUUUGAGGGGAUUGCUAAAGCAGGAAACCCAACCCUUCUGAAUCAGAUGUUCACAGAGAUCUACAUCAUGGAGGGAGGGACUGCAGGUGUCAAUGAUGAACAUGAGGUCAGACAGAUUGAAACAGCAUCCAGGAAACCAGACAGACCAGAAACAACAAUCAAACAAGAAGACCUCUUUAAAACCCCACCUGGAAGAGAUAAACCAAUCAGAACAGUGAUGACAACGGGAGUGGCUGGCAUCGGGAAAACAGUCUUAACACAGAAGUUCACUCUGGACUGGGCUGAAGACAAAGCCAACCAGUACAUACUGUUCACAUUUCCAUUCACCUUCAGAGAGCUGAAUGUGCUGAAAGAGAAAAAGUUCAGCUUGGUGGAACUUGUUGAUUACUUCUUUAGUGAAACUAAAGAAGCAGGAAUCUGCAGGUUUGAGGAGUUCCCGGUUGUGUUCAUCUUUGACGGUCUGGAUGAGUGUCGACUUCCUCUGGACUUCCACAACACUGAGAUCCUGACUGAUGUUACAGAGUCCACCUCAGUGGGUGUGCUGCUGACAAAUCUCAUCAGGGGGAAACUGCUUCCCUCUGCUCGCCUCUGGAUAACCACACGACCUGCAGCAGCCAAUCAGAUCCCUCCUGAGUGUGUUGACAUGGUGACAGAGGUCCGAGGGUUCACUGACCCACAGAAGGAGGAGUACUUCAGGAAGAGAUUCACAGAUGAGAAGCAGGCCAGCAGAAUCAUCUCCCACAUAAAGACAUCACGAAGCCUCCACAUCAUGUGUCACAUCCCAAUCUUCUGCUGGAUCACUGCUACAGUUCUGGAGGACAUGUUGAAGACCAGAGAGGAAGGAGAGCUGCCCAAGACCCUGACUGAGAUGUACAUCCACUUCCUGGUGGUUCAGUCCAAAGUGAAGAACAUCAAGUAUGAUGAAGGAGCUAAGACAGAUCCACACUGGAGUCCAGCGAACAUGAAGAUGAUCAAGUCUCUGGGAAAACUGGCUUUUGAGCAGCUGCAGAAAGGCAACCUAAUCUUCUAUGAAUCAGACCUGAAAGAGUGUGGCAUCGAUAUCAGAGAAGCCUCAGUGUGCUCAGGAGUGUUCACACAGAUCUUUAAAGAGGAGAGAGGACUGUACCAGGACAAGGUGUUCUGCUUCGUCCAUCUGAGUGUUCAGGAGUUUCUGGCUGCUCUUCAUGUCCAUCUGACAUUCACCAUCUCUGGAGUCAACCUGCUGGCAGAAGAACAAACAACCAUCCAGUGGUCUAAAGUGUUCACAGACAAAUCAACACAUUUCUACCAGAGUGCUGUGGACAAGGCCUUACAGAGUCCAAAUGGACACCUGGACUUGUUCCUCCGCUUCCUCCUGGGUCUUUCUCUGCAGACCAAUCAGAGUCUCCUGCGAGGCCUACUGACACAGAGAGGAAGUAACUCAGAGACCAAGCAGAAAACACUUGAGUACAUCAAAAAGAAGAUCAGUGAAAAUCUGUCUGCAGAGAGAAGUAUCAAUCUGUUCCACUGUCUGAAUGAACUGAAUGAUCGUUCUCUAGUGGAGCAGAUCCAACAAUACCUAAGAUCAGGAAGUCUCACCACAGAUAAACUGUCUCCUGCUCAAUGGUCAGCACUGGUCUUCAUCUUACUGUCAUCAGAAGAAGAUCUGGACGUGUUUGACCUGAAGAAAUACUCAGCUUCAGAAGAAGCUCUUCUGAGGCUGCUGCCAGUGGUCAAAGCCUCCAACAAAGCUCUGCUGAGUGGCUGUAACCUGUCAGAGAGAAGCUGUGAAGCUCUGUCCUCAGUUCUCAGUUCCCAGUCUUGUCUGAGAGAGCUGGACCUGAGUAACAACAACCUGCAGGAUUCCGGAGUGAAGCUGGUUUCCUCUGGACUGGAGAGACAACACUGCAGACUGGAAACUCUCAGGCUGAGUGGCUGUAACCUGUCAGAGAGAAGCUGUGAAGCUCUGUCCUCAGUUUUCAGUUCCCAGUCUUGUCUGAGAGAGCUGGACCUGAGUAACAACAACCUGCAGGAUUCCGGAGUGAAGCUGGUUUCCUCUGGACUGAAGAGUCCACACUGCAGACUGGAAACUCUCAGUUUGUCAGGCUGUCUGAUCUCAGAGGAAGGCUGUACUUCUCUGGCCUCAGCUCUGAGCUCCAACCCCUCCCAUCUGAGAGUGCUGGACCUGAGGUACAAUCAUCCAGGAGACUCAGGAGGGAAGCUGUUGUCAGCUGGACUUAAAGAUCCAAACUGGAGACUGGACACUCUCCGGGUGGACUAUGGUGGAUUGCAGUGGUUGAAACCUGGUCUGAGGAAGUAUGUCUGUGAACUGGAAGUGGACACAAACACAGCACACAGAUACCUCAAACUGUCUGACAACAACAGGAAGGUGACACGUGUGGAGGAGGAUCAGUCAUAUCCUGAUCAUCCAGAGAGGUUUGACUACAGGGAACAGCUGCUGUGUAGAGAUGGUCUGACUGGUCGCUGUUACUGGGAGGUUGAGAGGAGAGGAAGGGUUCAUCUAUCAGUGAGUUACAGAGGAAUCCGCAGGAGAGGAGACAGUAAAGACUGUGUGUUUGGAGAGAAUGAUAAGUCCUGGAGUCUGUUCUGCUCUGAUCGUGAAGGUUACUCUGUCUGGCACAAUAAGAGAAGAACAUCUACCAUCUCCUCCUCCUCCUGCUCUGUCUCUGGUAGAGUAGCAGUGUAUGUGGACUGUCCUGCUGGCACUCUGUCCUUCUACACAGUCUCCUCUGACUCACUGAUCCACCUCCACACCUUCAACACUACAUUCACUGAACCUCUUUAUCCUGGGUUUAGGGUCUGGUCUGGUUCCUCAGUGUCUCUGUGUCCUCUGUAGGACUGAGAGUCUCUCCUGUGGACAGAAACUCUGCUGACUUAAGAUCAGCUGCUGAAAUCAAAGUUGACUCUGUUCACCAUCACACACUCAAUUUGUCUCCCCCCGGGAUGUUUAUUAUUU